AUGUCGACGCACACAAUUGAUGUGGAUGAAGUGAAUGAGUAUAAUGACAAUGUUGAUGACCGUAAUGAAAGUUUAAUGGAAAUGGACCCAACAGUGCAUAUGUGUUUUGAAUCAAUGAUUAAAGCUAAAAAAUUUUACACAAACUACGCCAUUAGAAGUGGGUUUACCGUGCGGACUAGAACUUCUAAAAAAGAUAAAGACAACAACGUGUACUACUUGAGAAUAGUUUGUUUAAGGGAGGGUAAAUAUGUGUCUUCCGUCAAACCAGUUGUCAAAACACUUCCAAGUCAAAUUAACCAAUGUCCUGCUGGGAUAACCAUUGCAAAGAAGGAGGAGAAGUGGUUUAUAAGGACCGUUGUUCUGGACCACAACCAUGAUCUUUGCCCAAAUAACUCCAAACUAUUUGCAGCGAAUAGAAAGUUAAGCAUGCAAGCAAAACACACCUUGGAGGUCAACCAUGAUGCUGGAGUUAGGUUAAAUAAGAGUUUCCUUAGCAUUGUGAACGAUGCCGGGGGCUAUGAAAACAUGGACUUCGUCGAGCGGGACGCUCGAAACUACAUUGGCCAACAUAGAAGAUCUUUAUGUAAGGAUGGUGAUGGUCAGGCACUCCUACGACACUUUUCUUCAAUGAAAGAUAGAAAUAACGAGUUCUUCUAUGACAUUGCACUGGAUGAAGCGAAUAAAAUCUGUAGUGUGUUUUGGGCUGAUGCAAGAAGUUGUGCUGCAUGUGAAGAAUUUGGUGAUGUUGUUUCCUUUGACACAACUUACUUAACAAAUAAGUACGACAUGCCAUUUGCGCCUUUUGUUGGAGUUAACCAUCAUGGACACUCCAUUUUACUUGGUUGUGGAUUGUUGUCUUCGGAAGACACUGUCUCAUUUGUAUGGUUGUUCCAAUGUUGGCUAAGAUGCAUGCGUAAUAAGAGUCCUCAAGGUAUUAUUACUGACCAAUGCAGGGCAAUGGCCAACGCUAUUGAACAAGUCUUUCCUGAUACGAGGCACAGGUGGUGUUUAUGGCACAUCCUGAAGAAGUUGCCUGAAAAAUUGCACGGGUAUAGAAAUAAUCCCUCUAUCAAAACCGAACUACAUGCGCUUAUAUAUGAUUGUGUUUGUCCAAGACAAUUUGAAAACGGUUGGGAGGAACUACUUACCAAACAUGGAUUGGAGCAAAAUGAAUAG